CUUUUAUCGAGGGACUUACAACUUCACCUGUGUGUGAACAAAAUGGAUUGGGUGGUCUAUUUGACAGCUACCAAGAUGAGUAGAAAAACACUGACAAUUGCAUUGUUAAGUUUAGUGUUUUGUAGCGCAUCAGCUGAGUCAGCAAACUCACCUACAACUGAAUCUAUGACUGUCACAUCAUACUCACCUGCACAAACGACACAAUUCUGCUUACAACUGACACAACAGCAUAUACAAUACUGUUCAACAACAACUGAAACUCUGUUUACAACCACUGCCAAACCAACACAAACACCUGAAUCAACAAACUCACCUAUAACUGCAACAACUGAAUCUACGACUGUUAGAACAAACACAGCUACAACUAAAACUCGGCUUACAACUACAAGCCUUCCUACAGAAAAAACAACACAACUCACAACUGAGCAAUCAACUACAUCUGAACAAAGCACCACAAUGCAGUCAGCAAAUUCAUCCCUACCUACAACAAGUACAGCUCAAUCUACAACUGAGGUUACAACAAACUCACCCACAACUACAACUCUGCUUACAACUACAGCUCCUCCUACAGAAACAACAACAACACAACUUACAUCUACGGCUGAACCAAAAACCACAACUGCUGCAACAUCUACAACUGAACCAAAAACCACAACUGCUUCAACACCUACAACUGAACAAUCAACUACAUCUGAACAAAGCACCCCAAAGCAGACAACAACAUCAUCCCUACCUACAACAAGUACAGCUCAAUCUACAACCCUGGUUACAACAAACUCACCUACAACUACAUCUCGGAUUACAAUUUCAGCCCCUCCUACAGAAACAACAACAAAACUUACAUCUACAGCUGAACCAACAACCAUAACUGUUUCAACAUCUACAACUGAACUAUCAACUACAUCAGAACAAAGCACCACAACACAGACAGGAACAAAAUCCCUACCUACAACAAGUACAGCUCAAUCUACAACUGAGGUUACAACAAUCUCACCUACAACUGCAACUCUGCUUACAACUACAGCCCCUCCUACAGAAACAACAACAACACAACUUACAUCUACGGUUGAACCAACAACCACAACUGCUUCAUCAUCUACAGCUGAACCAACAACCACAAUUGCUUCAUCAUCUACAGCUGAACCAACAACCACAACUGUUUUAACAUCUACAACAGAACAAUCAACUACAUCAGAACAAAGCACCACAACACAGACAGGAACAAAAUCCCUACCUACAACAAGUACAGCUCAAUCUACAACUGAGGUUACAACAAUCUCACCUACAACUGCAACUCUGCUUACAACUACAUCCCCUCCUACAGAAACAACAACAACACAACUUACAUCUACGGUUGAACCAACAACCACAACUGCUUCAUCAUCUACAGCUGAACCAACAACCACAAUUGCUUCAUCAUCUACGAUAGAACAAUCAACUACAUCUGAACACACCACCACAAUGCAGAUGGCAACAACAUCCCUACCUACAACAAGUACAGCUCAAUCUACAACUGAGUUACAACAAACUCACCUACAACUACAACUCUUCUUACAACUAAAACCCCUCCUACAGAAACAACAAGACUUACAUCUACUGCUGAACCAACAACCACAACUGCUUCAUCGUCUACAACUGAACUAACAACCAUAACUGCUUCAACACCUUCAACUGAACAAUCAACUACAUCUGAACAAAGCACCCCAAUGCAGACAACAACAUCAUCCCUACCUACAACAAGUACAGCUCAAUCUACAACCCUGGUUACAACAAACUCACCUACAACUACAUCUCGGGUUACAAUUACAGCCCCUCCUACAGAAACAACAAAACUUACAUCUACAGCUGAACCAACAACCACAACUGUUUUAACAUCUAUGACAGAACAAUCAACUACAUCUGAACACAGCACCACAAUGCAGAUGGCAACAAUAUCCCUACCUACAACAAGUACAGCUCAAUCUACAACUGAGGUUACAACAAACUCACCUACAACUACAACUCUUCUUACAACUACAACCCCUACUACAGAAACAACAAGACUUACAUCUACUGCUGAACCAACAACCACAACUGCUUCAUCAUCUACAACUGAAUUAACAACCAUAACUGCUUCAACACCUUCAACUGAACAAUCAACUACAUCUGAACAAAGCACCCCAAUGCAGACAACAACAUCAUUCCUACCUACAACAAGUACAGCUCAAUCUACAACCCUGGUUACAACAAACUCACCUACAACUACAUCUCGGGUUACAAUUACAGCCCCUCCUACAGAAACAACAACAAAACUUACAUCUACAGCUGAACCAACAACCACAACUGUUUUAACAUCUAUGACAGAACAAUCAACUACAUCUGAACACAGCACCACAACGCAGACGGCAACAACUUCCCUACCUACAACAAGUACAGCUCAAUCUACAACCCUGGUUACAACAAACUCACCUACAACUACAUCUCGGGUUACAAUUACAGCCUCUCCUACAGAAACAACAACAAAACUUACAUCUACAGCUGAACCAACAACCAAAACUCUUUUAACAUCUACAACUGAACCAACAACCACAACUGCUUCAUCAUCUACAACUGAAUCAACAACCACAACUGUUUUAACAUCUACAACAGAACAAUCAACUAUAUCUGAACAAAGCACCACAAUACAGAUGGCAACAACAUCACUACUUUCAAGAAGUACAGCUCAAUCUACAACUGAGGUUACAACAAACUCACCUACAACUACAACUCUGCUUACAACUACAACACCUCCUACAGAAAGAACAAGAAUUACAUCUACUGCUGAACCAGCAACCACAGCUGCUUCAUCGUUUACAACUGAACUAACAACCAUAACUGCUUCAACACCUACAACUGAACAAUCAACUACAUCUGAACAAAGCACCCCAAUGCAGACAACAACAUCAUCCCUACCUACAACAAGUACAGCUCAAUCUACAACCCUGGUUACAACAAACUCACCUACAACUACAUCUCGGAUUACAAUUACAGCCCCUCCUACAGAAACAACAACAAGACAACUUACAUCUACGGCUGAACCAAUAAUUACAACUGUUUUAACAUCUACAACAGAACAAUCAACUACAUCAGGACAAAGCACCACAACACAGACGGCAACAACGUCCCUACCUACAACAAGUACAGCUCAAUCUACAACUGAGGUUACAACAAACUCACCUACAACUGCAACUCUGCUUACAACUCCAGGCCCUCCAACAGAAACAACAACAACACAACUUACAUCUACAACUGAACUAACAACCACGACUGCUUCAACAUCUACAACUGAACAAUCAACUACAUCUGAACAAAGCACCCCAAUGCAGACAACAACAUCAUCCUUACCUACAACAAGUACAGCUCAAUCUACAACCCUGGUUACAACAAACUCACCUAUAACUACAUCACAGGUUACAAUUACAGCUCCUCCUACAGAAACAACAACAAAACUUACAUCUACAGCUGAACCAACAACCACAGCUGUUUUAACAUCUACAACUGAACCAACAACCACAACUGCUUCAUCAUCUACAGCUGAACCAACAAGCACAACUGUUUUAACAUCUACGACAGAACAAUCAACUACAUCUGAACAAAGCACCACAACGCAGACGGCAACAACAUCCCUACCUACAACAAGUACAGCUCAAUCUACAACUGAGGUUACAACAAACUCACCUACAACUACAACCCCUCCUACAGAAACAACAAGACUUACAUCUACUGCUGAACCAACAACCACAACUGCUUCAUCAUCUACAACUGAACUAACAACCAUAACUGCUUCAACACCUACAACUGAACAAUCAACUACAUCUGAACAAAGCAGCCCAAUGCAGACAACAACAUCAUCCUUACCUAUAACAAGUACAGCUCAAUCUACAACCCUGGUUACAACAAACUCACCUAUAACUACAUCACAGGUUACAAUUACAGCCCCUCCUACAGAAACAACAACAAAACUUACAUCUACAGCUGAACCAAAAACCACAACUGAUUCAUCAUCUACAGCUGAACCAACAACCACAACUGAUUCAUCAUCUACAGCUGAACCAACAACCACAACUAUUUUAACAUCUACAACAGAACAAUCAACUAAAUCAGGACAAAGCACCACAACACAGACGGCAACAAUCCCUACCUACAACAAGUACAGCUCAAUCUACAACUGAGGUUACAACAAACUCACCUACAACUGCAACUCUGCUUACAACUCCAGGCCCUCCUACAGAAACAACAACAACACAACUUACAUCUACAACUGAACUAACAACCACAACUGCUUCAACAUCUACAACUGAACAAUCAACUACAUCUGAACAAAGCACCCCAAUGCAGACA